AUUAAUUUUAUUCGUGAUAUUAUGCUAAUAUGAUGAUUAAAAUUGAAAAUUAAGGUUGAAUAAAUUAAAAUCAUAAAUUAUAAAACGUCCAUACAAUAGAAUAUUCUGGUCCGAAUUUUAAUGAAAAAAAUUGUACUCACUGUUCAUGCAUAAAGAAAAAGGCAGAUUUUUACUAUCCUUGUAGUGCCAAUCCACAGAAAGAGUAUUCAACUUGCAAUAAAUGUUAUGAAAAACGCAAGAAUACGUGAAAAGUCCAGAAAAAAAAAGAAACUUGAAGAUGGCUUAAAUGAACCGAUUCCUCAAAUAAAUACUGAUUCCAGUCAAACUCCCUUUUCCCAACUUAUGAAUCUUGAGCUACUAAAUGAUAUUAUGCAGGAUAUGAUGGUGAAACUGAUGGACUUUUAUAUGGUUUGGAAGAGGUACAAGAAAUAAUUUCCAAGCGGUUUCAAGAUGCAGAAGACUUGAAUGAACCAGUAAUAUUAGCAUUUGAAAUAGAGCUUGAUUUACGACUUGUUGAAUGCAUUUUUCCAGAAUUUCAGCCCAAUGUAUGUGAUCUUGAAACAAUAAAGAAAAAUUUCCACCAAUUAAUAAAUAUUUUCAUAUUACCGCUUGAAGAUGGGUCUGGUUAUUAUUGGAGGUUCGGGAUAUACAUCUUAAUACAAGAAAGAAAAUUUUUACAGGUUGUGCUACAGCAUAUCUUGGAUGUACACAACGAGAGGAUAGGCGGUAUCACAGACCUAAAAAU